CACUUCAGUCUGAACAACAGGACGGCUCCUCCCUCCAUCAAGCUCCUCCUGGACGACCCCCUGGUGGUGAACCCGGGUGAGACCAUCACGCUGGUGUGCGUGGCGUCGGGCGGUGACCCUCCUCCCACGCUGGUGUGGUUGAGGCCGGGAGGAGAGGAGCUCCCGAAGAGGAGCGUCGUCAACGGCGGCACGCUGACCGUCCCUUCCGUCGCCGUGGACGACGGAGGGGCCUACAGCUGCGUGGCGUCCAACAAUGUGGGAAACCCUGCCAAGAAAUUCACCACCAUCCUGGUCAGAGGCCUUCGUAAAGGUCGGUUCUGGAUCACACCCGACCCGUACCACAACGACGACAACAUCCAGAUCGGCCGCGAGGUGAAGAUCAGCUGCCAGGUGGAGGCCACGCCCCCCGAGGAGCUGCAGUUCAGCUGGCUGAAGAACGGCCGGCCGCUGAGGAGCUCCGAGCGGAUGGUCAUCACCCACACCGACACCGACGUCACGCCGGGAACCACCAACCUCGACAUCAUCGACCUCAAGUUCACUGACUUCGGCACUUACACCUGCGUGGCGUCGCUGAGGAACGGAGGAACCCCCGAGAUCAGCAUCGACGUCAACAUCUCCUCCACCACAGUUCCUCCGGAGCUAAGCGUCCCCAGGGGGCGCUCUCACCUCAUCGCUCAGGAGGGCGACACCGUGGACCUGCAGUGUCUGGUCUCAGGGAAACCCAAACCCAUCAUCCUGUGGUCCCGGGUGGAGGAGAGCGGGGCGGCGGCGGCAGCGGCGGCGGCGGUGAUCCUGAUGCCGGACGGCUCAGAGCAGACGGAGAGCUACGACGGCGUCCUGAGGAUCGGCAACGUGACGAGAGAGAUGAGCGGGACGUACCGCUGCCAGACGAGCCAAUACAACGGCUUCAACGUGAAACCCAGAGAGGCGCUGAUCCAGCUGGUGGUGCAGUUCCCCCCUGUCGUGGAGCCGGUGUACACGGAGAUCCGUCAGGCUCUGGGCCGGGCAUUCAGCCUCACCUGCCGCCUCCUGCGAGCUCACCCGGCGCGCCUCCUGCGCUACGAGUGGAAGCUGGGCUCCCGCCUCCUCACCGUCGGACAGUUCAGCGACGAGAGCGACGACACCGGCUACCUGGUCAGAGCUCUGAACCGAGAGGGCUACGGCGAGUACACCUGUGACAUCACCAACGAGGCCGGGGCGGGGCGCUGCACCUUCCUGGUCACAGGGAAGGCCUACGCACCGGAGUUUUACUACGACACCUACAGCGCUCUGUGGCAGAACCGUCCUCGAGCCUACGGCUUCAAGCUGCAGUGGACCCAGAUGGAGCCCAACGCCGUGGACCGAAUCCUGGCCUACAGACUCGGUAUCAGACAGAUGGGUCAGUCUCGCUGGUGGGAGCAGGAGAUCGCCAUGGAGGGAACCAUCCAGAAGGGGGAGCUGUUGACCUACAACCUGACUGAACUCAUCAAACCUGAGUCCUACCUGGUCCGCCUCACCCCCAUCACCCGCUACGGAGAGGGCGACGCCACGGAACGCAUCAUCACGUACAGCGCUCCUGUUAACCCACAUCUCAGGGAGUUCCAGUGUGGCUUCGAGGACGAGGCGCUGUGUUUGUUCUCUCAGGACAAAACGGACACGUUCGACUGGACGCGUCACAGCGCCGCCACGCGAGACACCAAAUACACCCCGAACACGGGACCGAGCUCCGACCACGCCGGCUCCAAGCAGGGUUUCUACAUGUACAUCGAGACAUCGAGGCCGAGGCAGGAGGGAGACAAGGCCGGCUGCUGUCCCCCAACCUUCAACAUGAACUCCAAGACCUCCUCCUCCUCCUCCUCCUCGUCCUCCUCCGUCACCAACAACCCCACCUACUGCUUCUCCUUCUACUACCACAUGUACGGGAAACACAUCGGAGCUCUGAACGUCUUUCUGCGUCAGAAAGGUACGACGGUGACCGACACCUCGGUCUGGAGUCUGACCGGUAACCAAGGAGACCGCUGGCGGCAAGCCAAGGUCAACAUCCACCCGACCGCAGCCUUCCAGAUGGUGAUGGAGGGAGUCCGAGGCGCCGGUAUCGAGGGAGAUAUCGCCAUCGAUGAUGUCACCAUCGAGGAGGGCGAAUGUAAAGACCCUCCCCCCAACAAUCUGAGGUCGCUCGGCCCGCCGUCAUCCCCCCAUAUAUGGCAGCUGUGCGUCACUCUGAGUCUUGCUCUGAUUGGCCGGCAGAGGUGACCCCCCCUCUCUACGGGAUGCCACAACCUUUGACUCUUCUGCCCCCCCCCCACCUCCUCCCCCCCGCCACCUCAUCACCUCCUCACCCCAUCACCCAUCCCAUCAUCCUCCACCAUUAACCCCCCCCAACUACCAAAGAUGAGGUAAGAGCUACAGAGAGACAUCCCGCCAACAUGGCAGACAUGAAAGGUCAAGAGGUCACACGGAGAGGUGACCUCAUCAUGCUAGCUGUUUCCAGUCUUUAUGCUAAGCUAACACAUCCAGACACUGAACAUCUGUAUCCAUCUGUAUAAGGUUAUAUUAAAUGUAAUAACAUAAUGGACAGUAUGGAAGCUCAUUUCUGCCAAGAAAAGAAAGAAAUGGAUAAAAAGUUUGGAUGAUAACUGUAAAUAGUUCCUCUCACAUCAUUCUGACUCUUUCAUGAUUUUAUUUCUCAUUAUUUUGACUGACAAGGAAAGUCAUCAUUUUAAUUUACUAUCACAUAACUUGAAAAAAAGAUUUCUUUUGCAUGAAAAGUCAUAAUUCUGACUUCAUAUCUCAUAACUUUGGCUUAAUUUCUCAUUAUUUUGAAUUAGGAAGUCCUGUUUUUAUUUGCUUCCUCAAUUUGUUUAUGUAAUAACUCAUAACUGUGACUUUAAAUGUCCUCAUUUUAAAUUUCCCUCACAUCAGAUUGACUUAUUUUAUCAGAAUUGAGACUUAAAAUUCAUAAUUUUGACCUUGAGUUUGUUAUUUUGGCCGUUACCAUCUUGUUUUUUUGCAACCAGAGGAGUCGCCCCCUGCUGACUACUAGAAAGAAUGCAGGUUUAAGGCUCUUCAGCGUUGGCUUCACUUUUCAGACUCCGGAGGUUACGUCCACUUCUUUUAUACAGUCUAUGGUUGUAGUUUGUGAAAGGUAGACACGCUGCCAAUCAUCCAUCAGCGAUUAUGGAUGUUCCAUCUACAUCUUCAUCUUCAUCUUCAUCUUCAUCAGUGUUCUCCGGUGAACUUAGUUGACCUUUGGUUUCAGCUCAGCGCCACAAAGCACAGGGAAUCAGGCUCUUCAGUCAGAAAACAGAGGGAAUAAUAGCUUGAAUGUCACCCCCCCCCCAUCAUCCCAUCAUCCCAUCAUCCCCUCUCAUGACCCCCCCCCCCCUCCACAGAUCAACAGUACUGUACCCGCGAGGAGCUGGACAGAUAAACGGCAGUCUCUCUUAUUUUGGGGGGAGGUAACUUUUUGCAGCGGGAGGAUCGACGGUGUUUUUAAAAAAGACUUUUAGGACGUUGUUUUGACGUCCGUCCGUCCUGUCCGUCCGUCUGAGGAGGAGAGUUCACCCUCUGCCAUGACAUCAAGUGCCUUCAGACUCACAGAGGAAAAGAUCGCCGGGCCGAGGACCGCUGUCGUCACGGAAACGGAAAGAAAGCGCCGGACAUCGUUACGUCUUAUUGGCCGAGGAGAAAAUAACCACUGAAUAUUUCCUGGUGUGAUUAUGCAGAGAAUUAGUUUCUUACAGAUCUUCUUUUUUAUUAUUUUAAAGAUGAAAAUGUUUGUGAUGACAAAGAGGAUUCUGGGAAAACGGAAGCCAUGUUGGAUGGCGAAGAGGAGUCAGUGGAGUACUCUGGACACUUAUUUAACAAUUUAAAGAACAAUCAUAAUCUGAGGAUCUGUGACUGGAUAUUUCAGAAUAAAAGACUUCCUGUUCGGACGAUUUUCAGCCCCUAAGCCAAUGGGAUUCAAGCAUUUGGCAUCUCUCAGAACUAUUUUAGUAUUUCAAAAUAAGAGUUUUCAGAAGGAGGCGGGGACUUGAUUCUACCUGAGAUCAUCAGUUACCUUAAAACUACAAAAACAGCCGGAGCUUUUGGAAAAAGAGGAAAAAAAUGUAUUGUAAAAUCAAAUCUUAUAUUGUUCCUAUGAUAUUAUAAAGACGUUUAAUCUCCUUA